UUAAAUUUAUCUUAAAUCUGAAUUUAGGAAACAGGAGUCGCAUAGUUCAGCAAGGGAUUUAGAGAAGAUAGGUGUUUUUCACCGUGGUCAUUGAGCAGUUCCUACAGAUCAUCCCAUUUGUGCUUGGACUGGAGCAUUGAGGGCACUCCCAAUACCCUCCCAUGGCUGGAUUGAAGUAUUCUAAGGAGUUGAUAUUUUUGAAAGCAUCAUCUCCAGAUCACAGCCCAGAGGAUUCUUGGUCAGUGAGGAAGAUAUCCUGCUCAGUUUUCUGUUCUUCAGGGAUUUCAUUGAAAAUGUCUAAGUAUAUUUCCUCCUGUGGAGGCUGGUAGCUUACCUGACUGGUUUUGCCUCAAUAAGGACACUUGAACCAUUCAUUUCAAAUGAAUUUGACUAAGCAGGGGUCACAAUAAUUGUGCCGACAAGGAUCGGAUCUAAUCCAAGUAUUGCUAUCAGUGAGGUAUGAUCAAAGGCUUC